UUCUCGUUGGUGGCCGCUCCCGCUUCCCGGAACGCGACGUGACGUCACCCCCACCCCAUUCUCAUCCACGGGCCGACGUUCUUGUUAAACCUUCUUGUUAAACCUUACCCCUCUGUUGUUCUUGUUAAACCUUACACCGUUCUUGUUGUUAAACCUUCUCCCGUUCUUGUUGUUAAACCUUCUCCCGUUCUUGUUGUUAAACCUUACCCCUCAGUUGUUGUUAAACUUUCCCGCCGUUGUUGCUAAACCUCCCUCACGCACUGUACUCGCACUGUGUUGAGCGACUGAGGUUGCAAGCGACUCCGUUCGUCGCGGCCGUCUUUGUAUCUCCCGCGCACCCUUCAGCCCGUGGAUGCGCCUGCGUCCCGUCGCAGCUUUCGUGAGCGCCCAAGAAGAGGUGAGAGAGAGAGAGAGAGAAAGAGUCUACGAGGAAACAUCAUGGCGCAGUGGAACAAGCUCCAGCAGCUGGACAUGAAGUACUUGGAGCUGUUGGACCAGCUCUACAACGAGAGCUUCCCCAUGGAGGUGCGGCAGUUUAUCGCCCCCUGGAUCGAAGGACAGGACUGGAGCCAUGCAGCGAGCGAUCCGUCGCAGGCUUCUCUGCUACUGCAUACUCUGCUGAGCCAGCUGGACGUGCAGUAUGGACGGUUCUCCUCCGAGCACAACCUGCUUCUGCAGCACAACCUGCGCAAGAUAAAACAGAACAUUCAGGCAAAGUACCUAGAGAACCCAACCCAGAUGGCUUCUCUCAUAUCUCAGUGCCUGCAGGAGGAGCAGCACAUCUUAGAUAGAGCGAACAAGGCCCACAUGGGUGCUGAAGGUCAGCAGUAUCGACCUCAGAGCUCCAUCCAGUCCGAGAAGCAGAAGAACCUGGAACUAACCAUCGCAGAGGUCAAGAAACGCGUGCAGGUAACAGAGCAAAAUAUCAAAUCCCUGGAAAAUUGUCAGGAUGAGUUUGACUUCCGCUACAAAGACUUUCAGACCAAAGACGGUCCAGAGAGCAAUAGCGCCAGUCUCUUGUCAAAACAGCAGCCGUCGCCACAGAACGGCAAGCCCAACGGGCAGGGGGACUCCAAGAAGCAGAUGGCACGGCUGCAGGUGAUGCUGCAGAACCUGGACCAGAAUCGCAAGCAAAUCUUGCAAUCGAUGACAGAGCUGCUGGCCAUCGCCGACUAUGUCCACAACAAGCCGCUGCUGGAAGAGCUGAACGAGUGGAAGCGGAGGCAACAGCUCGGUUGCAUCGGCGGCCCACCCAACAUCUGCCUCGACCACCUGGAGAAGUGGUACACCGAGCUGGCAGAGGCACUGCUGCAGGUGCUGAGGCAGCUCAGGAAGCUGGAGGAGCUGCAGCAGAAGGUGACCUACAAAGGGGACCCCAUUGUGUCAUACAAGGGCGACUUGGAGGAAAAGACCAGCAACCUGCUGCAGGCUCUCUUCAACAAUGCCUUCGUGGUGGAGUGCCAACCGUGCAUGCCCACGCACCCACAGAGGCCGCUGGUGAUCAAGACGAGUGUGCAGUUCACCGCCAAGAUCAGGCUCCUCGUGAAGCUGUCCGAGUUGAACUACCAGUUGAAGGUUAAGGCAUCCAUUGACAAGGAUAUUGGCGAUAAGCCUCCAGUCAAGGGCUUCCGUCGCUUCAACAUCCUGGGCACCAACACCAAGGUGAUGAACAUGGAGGAGUGCAACAGUGGCAGCCUCGCGGUGGAGUUCCGCCACCUGCAAGUACGAGAACAGCGCACGCAAGCAGGAGGCAGGAACGAGGGAUCACUGAUAGUGACGGAAGAGCUCCACCUCAUCAGCUUUGAGACGCAAUUUUACCACCAGAGCCUCAAGAUGGACCUGGAGACGACGUCUCUGCCUGUCAUUGUCAUCUCCAACGUGAGCCAACUGCCCAAUGGCUGGGCGUCCAUCCUGUGGUACAACAUGCUCACCAACGAGCAGAAGAACCUGUCCCUGUUCCUGAACCCACCGGCAGCGAGCUGGAGCCUGCUCUCCGACGUGCUCAGCUGGCAGUUCUCGUGCGUCACCUCCAGAGGCCUCAACCCACAGCAGCUCGUCACGCUCGCCGAGAAGCUGCUCGGUCUCACUACAAACUACAAGGAGUGCCAGGUGCCCUGGGCUAAGUUCUGCAAGGAGAACAUGCCCGAGAAGCAGUUUUCGUUUUGGCUGUGGCUGGAUGGGAUCAUUGAACUCAUAAAGAAGCACCUUCUGCCCAUCUGGAAUGAAGGGUACAUCAUGGGCUUUGUGAGCAAGGACACGGAAAAGUCCCUGCUUAAGGACCAGCUGAGCGGCACCUUCCUGCUGCGCUUCAGCGAGAGCAGUCGUGACGGUGGCAUCACCUUCACCUGGGUCGAGAAGCAGGAUGGCAUUGCCUGCGGUGAUGUUCAGAUCCACUCGGUGGAGCCGUACACCAAGCAGCAGCUAACGGCCGUGUCUUUCCCCGACAUCAUCAAUUCUUUCAAGAUCCUGAGCGAUGCCAACAUUCCCGAGUGCCCCCUGAAGUUCCUCUAUCCGAACAUCGGCAAGGAUGUAGCCUUCAGCAAGUACUACUCGCGCAAGGUUGAUGCCAUGGAGGAGGAUAAGAAAGAGGGCUACAUCCAGACUGUGUUCAUCCCGGUGCAUGAGUUGAGGGUACCCCGCAACUCCGACAUCUUCCCCAUGUCCCCGGAGGACUUUCAGCAGCUGACAGACACCUUCCCUGACUUUGAACAGAUGAGCAUGGAGCUGUGCAGCCCACCCCAUCCUCCCCUGUGAUGAAGGAAGACCCCUCCCCCAAUUGCGAAAACCAGCAUCGCGCCUCCGUGGUGGGAAUGGAAGAACUACUCAUUCCGAGGCAAUUGCACCAGUCUGAUGAUGAAACAAUUAACAGUCCCCCUUAAAAGCUGUCCCUUAGAGACAGCCAUUCAAUGAGAAACCUGCCCCCCCACUCCUUUCCUGUCCACACUUCUUGUCUUUGCUUCCCUCCGAGGUUAUAGCCUGGAACCGUAUAUGCCAACGCGUGUCGCUGCCACAGUAUGCACACUUGGAUCGCGGGCUCAAAGUGGAUGAACUUUCAAACUGUUUUUUUUUUUGUAAAAUGUUUAAAUCACCCUGAAAGUUAAUUAAUUAAGCUCCUAGAAAGCUUUAUUAUUGAUGAGGCGAAUGCCCAUUUGAGGUUACUGAAUUGGCACUUUUGAGAUUCUGGCUUGAAGCACUGGGGUGGAUAGGUGUGGUCUCCCUCAAAUCCCCCUACCCAGGUGAUCAUGAAAAAGGCCCAAAUUAAUGUUUGCACUUGAAACUCCUGUGCUGUUCUCUUACCACUUGCAGCAGGCUACACAGCUUACAUGUAUUAAGAGUUUGUGAGGAUUCUAAUUGGCAAUGAUAGGUGGGGUAAAAUCCCACACUUUCUGUUCUGCAUAGCAUUGCCGCAGAAACAGCUGCUGUGCUGAUCCUGGGCACUCCACUGUUAUCCAGGACAUUGCAGGCAACCUGCAUAAUGCAGGGAACAUCACGUGUACGAGACUCACAACUUCCAGGUUACAAAUGAGCACGUAGUUAGUCGUUCAGCAAUGUUUGUAUGUACGGACGUUGAACUUCUUUCGCACCAUAUGUAGCCAACUGUAGGUAUGAGCAAGAAGGAUGCUGAGUAAUCUCUAAAUAUAUAUUUGAGCGAUUUAUAAUAGAUUUUUGAGUUGGUGGCAUGCGUGUCGUAAAAACCCUGCUCCAUUGGACACGGCCCUGUUAAAGUUGUCACGCGAUGUGCCAAUAUAUAACCGGAGUGUUGCACACAGCGAUUCACAUUUAGCUGGUAGUUCCAACCAGCUUCCAUGAAAAAAAAACAUUUUGAGUAUUACCCCUAAUAUUAGUCGUUUCUUUAGCACGUAGAUCCUCCCCUCCCCCCAACCCAACAUUCUUAGUCAAUAAGGAAUUUGGUCAGUGUUCCAAGCAGGAACCUCCUAACUUACCUGGUAUGUAGGAGUUUUUGGGUUUGAUCCCGACCCCAAUGUCUGUGUAUUUGGGGUUUGCAUGUUCUCCCCAUGGUUGCGUGCUUUUUUUCUCCGGUUUUCCCGCCGUAUUUGGCUGCUUAAAAUUUUCACAAAGGCCACUGCAUUGAGCUAUUAUUUGUGGCCACGACGCUUCUGAAAAAAAUAGUUCCUAGUUGAAGGACAUUGUUGUUUUUAUUACAAUUAUAGUAGGGACUCCAAUUGAGGGAAAGCCUUGGGCUGUAACAUUUGCACACUGAAAAAAACAAUUGUAAAUACAUUAGCAAUCAUUAGAACUCGUGAAUGUCAAUGACUUCCAAACUUAUUGCUUCUGCUGCAAUUUUUUUAUGGAUAUGCGUUUCUUUUUUGAAGCACCUAUAUAUUUGUCUUCGUACUGUUUAAAUAUCGUGCAUAUGCUUUUGUAGUAUACCUGUUUUUGGAAUUUCAGUCUGAUACUAUUCUUGCAACGUAUAUAUGCGUAACAUUAAGCAAUGGGAUGCAUGUUCGAUAGUGGUUCAGGAAAGUAGUCGACACUCUGCUUGUUCCAUUAAAUAACUUUAUUGAAACACAAAGCCUUUUUUGUACACAAGCACUCGGGCACUUACGCAAACACACAAACAACAGUUGGCCGUUUAACAUUUUGCUUCAUGUCAACUUUACUUCAAAGUACUGCUCCUCAAACUGCACUUAAUGGGAUUGCAAAUGACACCAAGACGAACAAAGCGGUGUCCGUGAUUCUGCUAUUAAUCAUAAAAUAAAGUUGCCCACAAGUCUU